UUUACCGCCGAGUUGGGCCUCUCUCUUCCUCGCCACUUCGAUACAGAAGUGACUUUUUCGUAGCAGGUUAGGAGGCCAAGGUUGAAGCUAGGGAAGGGUUAGGGAAAAUCACUUCCGGUCGUAGCUGUAGGAAGUGGCGUGAAAAGUGUUCAUUCGUCAAAUACAACAACAAGCUAGUAAGUCACUUCGGUAGGUUGCUAGCCAACAUAGACGAACCAUUGAAACUCUAGACGUUUUCGGUGUAACGUUACAUUUAUAGCCACUGUGUUUUAAACACAUUUCUGUUGUAUAUCUAGGUACCCUCUUUAAUUGCACAUAUACGUUGCUAGUAAGUUAGCUAGCUGGAUAACAUAGCACUAGGCUAGUUACCCAUGCUAACAUCCCCGACCAUGAGUUCACUAAGCUACUCCCCCCCUGAUAAAGAAGAAGGGCUAUGCUUGGCGGAGAAAGACGGUAUUUGGCUGAACAUUGUCGUAAAAGAGGAGAACGAAGAGGAGGAUGUCACAGUAAAAAAAGAAGAGGGUGAAGCUGUUACAGUGAAACAAGAGGAAGAAACGUUCAGAGUGAAAGAGGAGGAUGUUACCGUGAAACAAGAGGAGGAAGAGAAAGAGGAGGAUGCAGUUUUUGGAGUGAAGACGGAGGGAGAGAUAACUGUCACAUCGGAAGAGACAGGAGAUCUGAUUAACACCAGAGAGAAGCCAGACUGUCACUCUGACAGCGAAAAGAGUCCUCCAGGGGAACCAGACCCAGAGACGCCCAAAUCAGCAGCAAGACACCACUGCUCCCAGUGUGGAAAGAGUUUUACUCUGCUAUGGAACCUGAAAAUACACAAUAGAAUACACUCCGGAGAGAAGCCAUACCACUGCUCCCAAUGUGGAAUGACUUUUACCUGGUUAGGUAGCCUGAAAACGCAUGAGAGGGCACACACAGGAGAAAAACCUUUCCAAUGUUCCCACUGUGGAAAGAGUUUUACCCAGUUAGGAGACUUGAAUAGGCACGAGAGGAUGCAUGGAGAAGAGAAGCCCUACCAAUGCUCCCAGUGUGGAAAAAGUUUUAGGUGGUUAGUGAGCCUGAAAACACACGAGAGAAUACACACAGGAGAAAAGCCUUACCACUGUUCCCACUGUGGAAAGAGUUUUAGGGGGUCAGUGAGCCUGAAACAGCAUGAGAGAAUACACACAGGAGAGAAACCUUACCACUGUUCCCACUGUGAAAAGAGUUUUAGGUGGUUAGGGACCUUGAAAUUGCAUGUGAGGACCCACACAGGAGAAAAGCCAUACCAAUGCUCCCUGUGUGGAAAGAGUUUUACCAAGUUAUGGGGCCUGAGUAGGCAUGAGAGGACACAUACAGUGGGGGAUAACACCUACCACUGCUCCUUGUGUGGAAAGAGAUUUACCCAGUUAGUGGCCUUGAAAGAGCAUGAAAUAAUACAUACAAAUACACAGGAGGAGAAGACAUACCACUGUUCUCAUUGUGGAAAGACAUUUUCCCAGUCAGAGGACCUGAAAUCACAUGAGCGAAUAGAGAGGUUGUGUUCUGACUUAUGUUUUUGACUGUGGUAUUUUUUUUAUGCCACAUGAAAUAGUCAUUACUUCGGUUGUUUUUUCCAUAUUGAGACGUGAUCGUGUCUAUAAAUCAGAUUAAAUAUUUUAAUGUGUAUUUUGUUUUGAUUGAAUGGAUACAAGUAUAAACCCUCCAAUGUUGUUCAUUAUGUUAUUUGGAUAUUGCAAAAUGUGAAUUAUUAUAUAAGUAGCCUUGCACGAGCCUAGGCUUCUCUGAGCCAGAACGGCUCAUAGGAUCAGGAGCCUUUCUCCUAUUUCCGUAGUGUGAGGCACCUUGAUGCAGUCUAUUAAAUGAUUAUAUAGAUUCAUGGAAUUUUAGCAUUUCUUGAUUCUAACCUCUUGAAUUUGAAAUAUGAUUUGGAUAUUGCUAAAUUCAUUUGAUUGAAUUUGAUUGGAAACACUAUUACAGUUGCGGCCAAAUAUGUAGGCACCCUUGCACUUUUCUUGAAUAAUUCCCUAAUUCUUCUAAAGUAAGUUGAAAUUGAAAGAAUCUUUUGGUCUCCACAUCUUUUGGGAUUUUCAACAUUGUGGAACCAAUUUUAUUUGUGUAAACAUUUACAAUUUUAAUUCAGAAAAUAAAGACAUGGCAUGGACAAAGUUCUUGGCAGCCCGGAAGCAAGUACUUGGUUGCAACGGGUGACAAUAUAUUUGACAGCAACUGUGUAUGAUUUGGAUAUUGCAAAAUGUAAAUGAUUAAAUCGUUGAAUUGAGUGUGCAUUUCUUGAUUCUAACCUUAUAACCUCUUGAAUUUAGUUGUUUCAUUGAGUUAAUUUGUCUACUAGUCAUCAAGCUAAAGGAAUAUAAAAUGUGUUACGUUCUGAUAACAUUGAUAAGUUGUUGACAUGAAAAACAUUCACUACUUCAUGAAUGUUCCCAUCAGUAUCAUUCCACCAUGUCAGAGUACACAGAUGCUGAUUGUAAAAAUUAUUUGAUUAAUACAACUCAUUUUUGUGUCAAUAGAAAUAAAAUGUGGAAGGCC